GUCCGGGCGGUCCUGCGGCGGCUCCGCGUCGACUGGCCCUCUGGCUCCGGUGGCUCGGCCCUCCCUGACGCCGUCUCGGCCUUGAGGCGAGCGCUGGGCCGGUCCCCCUGUGCCGCAGCCUGUGAGCAGGGGCCGGGCACAGCCACGCUGCCUGAGGAUGUCAUCUGUAAAGUGCACUUGAAGAGCUUCGUGGAGCAGCAGGGCUUGGUGGGCUACGACCCCAACCUAGAUGUCCUUGUCGUGACAGAGGGGAAGCUGCGGUCGCUGGCUGAGUUGCAGCAAGCCGUUCUGCAGUGCACGGCUGGAGGCCAGGGGAGCUGCUGCAGCAUCGUGCAUGUGGUGAGCUGUGAGGAGGAAUUCCAGCAGCAGCAGCUGGAUCUGCUCUGGAGGAUUUUGGAUCCAGGAGCCCACACAGCUUUGCAGAAACACCUUGUCUGCGGGCCAGUGAAGGUGACAAACCCCUCAUCGCCCAUCGGGGCAGACCAGUACUUCCAGCUCCGAAAGCGCCAGAUGUACAAAGCUUCUGUGAUGAAGUACGGGGAGCUUGCGCAAGAUGAGGCCUGGACCGAGGUGAUCGAUACCCUCACAGCGGCUGCCAUCAGGUUUGAGAUGCUGAGCACCGCUCACCGGAGUCAGGUCACCCUGGACCUUGAGGACAGCAGCAUCUCCACAAAGGGAACCAAGAGCGGUGCCUUCGUGAUGUACAACUGUGCCCGGCUGGCUACACUCUUCGACACCUACCAGCGGGCUGUAGAGCGGGGCACGUACCCACCUCUGCUGCCAGUGUCAGAACUGAACUUCUCCUGCCUCCGGGAAGAGGGUGAGUGGCUCCUGCUCUUCAACUAUCUCCUGCCCUUCCCUGAAGUCCUGCAGCAGGCAGCACAGCUGCCCCCACCCAGCAAAGGGAUCCGGAUCACAGCCAACACAGAGACAGUAAGAGCCACGUGCCAGAGCACCCAUGGUUCCUAG